AUGGUGAAACCACUUUCCUUCAAGGGCGACAAGAAGCCCAAGAAGAGAAAGCGAGCCGAGGAGUCCUCCGCCCCAGCAGAAGCCGGCUCUAGCGAAGUCGUCAAGGCAGGACCGCCACCAGCAGCAGAGGAUACCGCCGACGACGACAGCUGGGUGUCCGCCGACACACUGGGCGACCUUGUCGGCCCUGUCAUGUUUGUAUUGCCUACCGAGCCUCCGACCUGCUUGGCCUGCGAUGCAAAUGGCAAGGUCUUCACCGACGACAUUCACAACUUGAUUGACAACAAUCCUGCGACGUCGGAACCGCACGACGUUCGGCAGGUGUGGGUCGCGAACAAGAUCGCUGGGACGGAGCACUUCAGGUUCAAGGGGCGUUACGGAAAGUUCUUGAGCUGCGACAAGUACGGGUUCCUCAGCGCAACCUCCGAGGCCGUGUCACCCCUUGAGACCUGGACGGUCAUUCCUACGGCAGACACACCGGGCACGUUCCAGCUGCAGACGCUGCGCGAGACGUUUGUCACGGUGCAGGAGUCUACCAAGGCAAAUGCGCCGCCUGAAGUUCGAGGCGAUGCAACCGAGAUCAAGUUCGACACGACACUGCGCAUUCGUAUGCAAGCUCGAUUCAAGCCCAAGCUCAAGGCAUCGAAGGAAGAGAAGGCCAAAGAAAAGAUCAGCCGGAAAGAGCUCGAGGAAGCAGUCGGCAGACGCUUGGAGGAGGAUGAAGUCAGAACACUGAAGAGGGCUAGGCGGGAGGGCGACUAUCACGAGCAGCUUCUGAUAUUGAAGGUCAAGGGCAAGCACGACAAGUAUGGUUGA